AUACAUUUGCUGCCAUAGUAACAGAAAAGUUUGUAUCAGUUAUGAAAUUUUAUAUUGCACAAAGUAAAUUUAUUAAAACGGUAAUAAAAUAUGGAAAAUAAAGACAAACUGACCUAUACAGAUCAAAAUGAAACCAGCUUACGUAAACAAGCUAGGAAAAUGUUAAAACAAAAACAUUUAAUUAACAAAAGGCCAACGCAUUUGUUUAUGCAUGAAAAAUGUCUUACUGAAAUUCCAAAGCCCAGAAACCCGAAUCACAUUAACUACGCUUAUUAUCAUAACAACCAAAUAAGCAAAAUUGAGAACUUGAAUUUGCUAUACAAUUUAACGCAUUUGCAUCUUCAAUGGAACAAAAUAACUAAAAUUGAAGGUCUCGAGAAUUUGGUAAAGUUAAAAAAAUUGUAUCUCACUAGUAACCAAAUAAGCGUCGUUGAAAAUUUGGAAGGACUAAAAUAUUUAGAAGAGUUGCACAUUGAAAAACAAAAUGUCAAUGGUACGGACCCAUUAUGUUUUGAUCCUCGGACUAUGCUUUCUAUUGGGGCUUCUCUGAGGAUUUUAAAUGUUUCACAAAAUAGAAUAGCAGACAUGACUUGGACAAAGCCUCUCCGUCGCUUAGAGGUGCUGAUUGCUAAAAGAAACAAUUUGGAAGAUGUUGAGGCGAUAGCAGACGAUUUAUGCACGUUGGUUAGCUUGAUAGACGCCAACUUCAAAGAAAACCCAAUGACCAAGAAGCACAGAUAUAAAGAAACUAUAAUAGCCAGGUGUUCACAAUUACGUGUUCUGGAUACUAUACCAAUUCAUAAUACGUCUAGAACGUUCUUAAAACACUUUGACAAAGUUGUGAGACUGCGGCAAUUGCAUGAAGACAACAAAAUAAGUAUGACCCGCCAGGGUGUGGAGGAGUUCUUCGAAUUGAACAUGCUGCCUUAUCCAAGGGCACUGAGUGCUAUGUCUAUUUCGGAAUUCCCAAAUUCAAAACCAAAAAUUUCAGCGAUUGAUUCCACUUAUACAUUCAUGCCCAGACAAUUUUGGUAUAAUAAAACUUUACCUUCACCCAACGAGCGUAUAGCGCCUCCAAUGGAACCACCACCGUUACCUAAAAAACCAACCCUAAACGCUGGACAUCCGGUUAAAGGAAUACUCAAGAAACCAAUGCCGAUGAAGUAUAAUUAAAAUAUGACUGAUAUAAUCCUGGAAGCUUGUAGAAUACUUCAUGAAGAAUCUUCAGCUUUAUAUCUGGGAGGUGAUGUAGCAGAGACGAAUUUAAUUGAACCGUUACAAUUUUAUAGAGACUAUGUAUCGAAAAAUAUCCCGGUUAUUAUUCGCGGUGGGUGUGCAAAAUGGCCAGCCGUUCAGAAAUGGAAUUCACAUUACUUCAGAAAAGUACUCUUCAAUAAAAAGGUGACAGUAGCAUUGACACCAAAUGGUCUGGCAGAUGGUAUUACUCAAGAUGCAAAUGGGAAAGAGUAUUUUGUUAUGCCACAAGAAUUGGAAAUGACAAUGACAGAGUUUCUGGAUACAUUGGAGGCUAAGAGUGAAAAUUUAAUACCAUAUAUUCAGAGACAGAACUCAAAUCUGACAGAAGACUUUAGUGAGCUGAUGAGAGAUGUGGAAUCAGAUGUCAGUUUCGCGAGUCAAGCUUUUAACAAGAAGCCAGAUGCUGUCAACUUUUGGAUGGGUGAUGACAGAGCUGUGACAUCCAUGCAUAAAGAUCCCUACGAGAACAUAUACUGUGUGAUAGAUGGCAACAAAGACUUUAUACUUAUCCCACCAACUGAUUUGCCUUAUGUGCCUUACAAAAGAUACACUCAAGCUAUAUUCCAGAGGACAGAAAAUAAAUGGGAUAUUGUACCACUUGAUACAGACCAUGUGAAAUGUGGCAUUGAUAUUAAAGAUGAUAGUCCAGCAAAUGAUUUACCCUGGAUUUGUAUUGAUCCCCUCAAACCAAACUUACUGAAGUAUCCUUCAUACGAAAAAGCCCACAAGUUUAAGGUCCGCCUACAUAAGGGGGACUGCCUCUACCUCCCUAGUCUAUGGUUCCAUCACGUGACGCAGAGCCAUGGCUGCAUAGCAGUCAACUAUUGGUAUGACAUGGAGUUUGAUAUCAAGUAUUGUUACUUCAAAAUGUUAGAAGCUUUGUGUGAUAAAUAUUGAAUUAAUUUAAUAUAAUUUAUUUUAAAAAGUUA